AUGAGAUCAUCUCCAUACAGUACAAAUGCAAACAAAGGAAAACAGAGAGCUCCUCCACGGAAAAAGGCAUGUCAGAAUUGCACCAAAUCCAAAGUACGAUGUGGACUGGAAAAGCCUAUCUGUUCGCGAUGCAGGUCGAAAGGCCACAGUUGCCAAUAUCCGCCGGGGCGCGUUGCUACACCUGAGAUUGAGGUCACUGCUGCGACUUUCCGGUCUCCUCGUCCUCGUGCUGUAACCAGCGGACAGGCCAGACGCCUCGAUCUCGAUUUUACGGAUAUCGACUUGACACCAAGUCUAAACGCAGUAGAUAUCCGAGACAGAUGGCUGAGACCGUAUCUCCUCCCACCUCUGGGACGAGAUGAGAUUCCCAAGGCCUACCAUCCAUUUACGUUGCAAUACAUCUCCAUUAUCCUCAGGACAUAUCCACGGUAUAUGCUGAAGGAUGGCGGUUUUCCACCAAUUAUACAUCAUACGCAAGUCAAUACGAAUCAGAUGCCACAAGCUCUGGCCAACUGCUACAGCCUUGUCCGAAUGUGGGAGCAAGCGGCUCCAGGAAGCGAGACGAUGGUGAUGAGCACUGUGGAGGCGGAAAUGGAAAGACUGGCAAGUGAGACAACGAGUCAACAUGACUACGACCUCCUAUGUUCCUUCCAAGCCUACCUUGUCUAUACCAUCUUGAUGUACUUCAGCCCUCUCGGCAACGUAUCCGUAGUAACCGAUAAAACCAUGAUGACCUUAAUGGAGCUUGCCUUCCGUACUGCUCAGAAUGGCCUAUUGUGUACGGAGGAGAUCACUCAUACGCGGCCAAAUUGGGAAUCCUGGAUCGUGGUCUCGGCCAAACGUCGCGCCAUUUACACCAUGUACCUGCUCAGCAGUGUUUACAAUUCAGAUCGGGGUCUACCAAACUUUGUGGCUGACGAAAUGAAGGGGGUCUAUGUCCCCGAAAGCAGGGUACUAUGGGAUGUCACAGACCGAGGAGUAUGGGAAAAGGAGUAUGACCGGCACCUCCUGGAAUGGGAAGACGGGAUGCUGGAAAUAUCGGAGUUAUGGCGAUCAACCGAGACUGGUUCGACUGGACGACGCGAAAGGAUUGGAAAAUGGGUUCGUGGGGUGGACGAGUUUGUCCUACGGAACUCCGAAAGGAACCAUCGGAGCGCCGGAAUCGGCAGGCGUCAACAUUGUACGGCUCGACAUAAAACACGCUCUCGCUCUCCCUUUCAUGCCAAAGUAGACUCCUUCUUACACAUCAAUUGA